CCGGGGACGCGCCCCCGGCGGCCCCGAGGACGCGGCCCCAAGCCCAGGGGAGCCGGCCGCCAGGGCCAGGCCGGGGCUUGCGGGGGCGUCACUCGGGAGCAGGGGCUGCCAGGCGGGCGGCGAGAGCCCCGAUGAGACCUUGACCGGAGCCGGCCUUCGCGGCGGGGCGCAGAGCGGGGCUGGGGGGUCGCCUUCCUGGCCUGCCGCGCCAUGGCUGCGCCCGAGGUGUGUGAUGGGAGCCGGGCGGCCUCCACCCUCCGCUACUGCCUGACACUCAGUGGCACGGUGCUUCUGGUGGCGGGGACCCUCUGCUUCGCCUGGUGGAGUGAAGGGGAUGCAGGCGCCCAGCCUGGCCAGCCGGCCCUGCCCACUGGGCACCCCGUGCCCGAGGCUCCCAGGCCCCUGCUCAGGGCGGUCAGCUUCUUCUGCUGCUCAGUGGGUGGCCUGCUGCUGCUCUGCGGCCUGCUGUGGUCCGUCAAGGCCAGCGCAGGGGGGCAGCCCCGAUGGGACCCAUAUCGUCUCUCCAGGGACCUGUACUACCUCACUGUGGACCCCUCAGAGGAGCGCUGCAGGACCCUACCGCCAGUCGCCGUCCCCACCUAUGAGGAGGCCAUGCGCUGCCCACCCGCGGACCCGGACAGGGGAGGACGGCCUGAGGGGCGGUGUGCACCGCCCACCCGCAGCCCCGGGGGGACGGCCUGAGGGGUGAUGUCCCCGGGGCCCCCUGUGCAGCAUCAAGAGCGGCCUGUCUGCCUAGCCGCCUAGCGGGCCGGGGCGCUCAGGGGCACCCGCUGUGUGGGCGGGUCCACCUCUCUGCCUUUGCUGCAGGACACACAGCCCGCAAUAAACCGGCUCCGUCCCC